AUCUGAAAAGAAACAGAAGAAAACUAAAGAAAUUCUGUACAUAAAUGGUUGGAACUAAAGUUCAGUGUGCAGUGUCUGCAACGAGCUCAGAAUGAGGGGAAGCUUGGGACUGCUUCUUAUAUUGUGCAGUGCACUACCAAUGCAGCCUAUUAUAGGAAAUGCAACUACAACAACUGAAUCACCAAUAUGCCGGCUGAGGCCAUUCCUACCAAUCUGUUUACUAAGUAGGACGACAGCCUCCACAACUACUAAAGAAGUAACCACAUCCACAGCUCUUCCCACAACAACCUCAGCAACUUCUACUGAAGAAGUAACAACAUCCACAGCUCUUCCCACAGCUAUAUCCACAACAACUGAAGACGCCACAACAUCCACAGCUGUUGCCACAACCAUGACUGCAACUUCCUCAACUACUAAUGAAGUAUCAACAUCCACAGCUGCUCCCACAACAACAACUAUCAGUUCCUCAACUACAAAAGAAGACACAACCUCUACAGCUCUUCCCACAACAACCUCAGCUACAUCCACAACAACUAGAGAAGGCACAACAUCCACGGCUGUUGCCACAACAACUUCUGCCAGUUCCUCAACUAUAAAGAAAGACACAACUUCAACAGCUAUUCCCACAACUACUACUGAAAAAGUAACAACUUCUACAGCCAUUCCCACAACAACCACGAUAGCCUCCACAACAACCUCCACAGCUGCUCCCACAACAUCUUCUGCAACGUCUACAUCUACUGAAGAAGUAACAACUUCCACAGCCAUUCCCACAACCACCACGAUAGCCUCUACAACUACUGAAGAAGUCACAACCUCCACAGCUGCUCCCACAACAACUACCGCCAGUACCUCAACUACUACACAAGUCACAACCUCCACAGCUGCUCCCACAACCACUACUGAAGCAGUAACAACUUCCACAGCUAUUCCCACAACAACCACGAUAGCCUCCACAACAACCUCUACAGCUGCUCCCAGAACAUCUUCUGCAACGUCUACAACUACUGAAGAAGUAACAACUUCCACAGCCAUUCCCACAACCACCACGAUAGCCUCUACAACUACUGAAGAAGUCACAACCUCCACAGCUGCUCCCACAACAACUACUGCCAGUACCUCAACUACUACUGAAGUCACAACUUCAACAGCUAUUCCCACAACUACUACUGAAGAAGUAACAACUUCCACAGCUAUUCCCACAACAACCACGAUAGUCUCCACAACUACUGAAGAAGUCACAACCUCCACAGCUGCUCCCACAACAACUACCCCCAGUACCUCAACUACUACACAAGUCACAACCUCCACAGCUGCUCCCACAACCACUACUGAAGCAGUAACAACUUCCACAGCUAUUCCCACAACAACCACGAUAGCCUCCACAACAACCUCCACAGCUGCUCCCACAACAUCUUCUGCAACGUCUACAACUACUGAAGAAGUAACAACUUCCACAGCCAUUCCCACAACCACCACGAUAGCCUCUACAACUUCUGAAGAAGUCACAACCUCCACAGCUGCUCCCACAACAACUACUGCCAGUACCUCAACUACUACUGAAGUCACAACUUCAACAGCUAUUCCCACAACUACUACUGAAGAAGUAACAACUUCCACAGCUAUUCCCACAACAACCACGAUAGUCUCCACAACUACUGAAGAAGUCACAACCUCCACAGCUGCUCCCACAACAACUACCGCCAGUACCUCAACUACUACACAAGUCACAACCUCCACAGCUGCUCCCACAACCACUACUGAAGCAGUAACAACUUCCACAGCCAUUCCCACAACCACCACGAUAGCCUCUACAACUACUGAAGAAGUCACAACCUCCACAGCUGCUCCCACAAUAACUACUGCCAGUACCUCAACUACUACUGAAGUCACAACUUCAACAGCUAUUCCCACAACUACUACUAAAGAAGUAACAACUUCCACAGCCAUUCCUACAACCACCACGAUAGCCUCCACAACUACUGAAGAAGUCACAACCUCCACAGCUGCUCCCACAACAACUUCUGCAACAUCUACAACUACUGAAGAAGUAACAACUUCCAUAGCCAUUCCCACAACCACCACGAUUGCCUCCACAACUACUUCCAGUUCCUCAACUACGACUGAAGUCACGACAUCUACAGCCAUUCCUACAACAACUACUGCAAAAUCCACGGCAGCUUCGACAACUACUGAAGAAGUAACAACAUCUACUGCUAGUCCCACAACAUCUUCCACCAGUUCCUCAACUACGACAGAAGUUACGACCUCUACAGUUAUUCCUACAACAACUACGGAAGUUACAACCUCUACAGAUAUUCCCACAACAACUACAGAAGUCACAACCUCUACAGCUAUUCCCACAACAACUACAGAAGUCACAACCUCUACAGCUAUUCCUUCAACAACUACAGUAGUCACAACCUCUCCUACUAUUCCUACAACAACUACGGAAGUUACCACCUCUACAGCUAUUCCCACAACAACUGCAAAAGUCACAACCUCUACAGCUAUUCCCACAACAACUACAGAAGUCACAACAUCUACUGCUAUUCCUACAACAACUACGGAAGUUACCACCUCUACAACUAUUCCCACAACAACUACAGAAGUUACCACCUCUACUGCUAUUCCCACAACAACUACAGAAGUCACAACCUCUACAGCUAUUUCCACAACAACUACGGAAGUUACCACCUCUACAGCUAUUCCCACAACAACAACAGAAGUCACAACCUCUACAGCUAUUCCCACAACAACUACAGAAGUCACAACAUCUACUGCUAUUCCUACAACAACUACGGAAGUUACCACCUUUACAACUAUUCCCACAACAACUGCAGAAGUCACAACCUCUACUGCUAUUCCUACAACAACUACGGAAGUUACCACCUCUACAACUAUUCCCACAACAACUACAGAAGUUACCACCUCUACUGCUAUUCCCACAACAACUACAGAAGUCACAACCUCUACAGCUAUUCCCGCAACAACUACAGAAGUCACAACCUCUACAGCUAUUCCCACAACAACUACAGAAGUUACCACCUCUACUGCUAUUCCCACAACAACUACAGAAGUCACAACCUCUACAGCUAUUCCCACAACAACUACAGAAGUUACCACCUCUACUGCUAUUCCCACAACAACUACAGAAGUCACAACCUCUACAGCUAUUCCCACAACAACUUCAGAAGUCACAACCUCUACAGCUAUUCCCACAACAACUACAGAAGUUACCACCUCUACAGCUAUUCCCAAAACAACUACAGAAGUCACAACCUCUACAGCUAUUCCCACAACAACUACAGAAGUCACAACAUCUACUGCUAUUCCCACAACAACUACAGAAGUUACCACCUCUACAGCUAUUCCCACAACAACUACGGAAGUUACCACCUCUACAGCUAUUCCCACAACAACUACAGAAGUCACAACCUCUACUGCCAUUCCCACAACAACUACAGAAGUCACAACCUCUACAGCUAUUCCCACAACAACUACAGAAGUCACAACCUCUACUGCAAUGCCCACAACAACUACAGAAGUCACAACCUCUACUGCUAUUCCCACAACAACUACAGAAGUCACAACCUCUACUGCUAUUCCCACAACAACUACGGAAGCUACCACCUCUACAGCUAUUCCCACAACAACUACAGAAGUCACAACCUCUACAGCUAUUCCCACAACAACUACGGAAGUUACCACCUCUACAGCUAUUCCCACAACAACUACAGAAGUCACAACCUCUACAGCUAUUCCCACAACAACUACAGAAGUCACAACCUCUACUGCUAUGCCCACAACAACUACAGAAGUCACAACCUCUACUGCUAUUCCCACAACAACUACGGAAGUUACCACCUCUACAGCUAUUCCCACAACAACUACAGAUGUCACAACCUCUACAGCUAUUCCCACAACAACUACAGAAGUCACAACCUCUACUGCUAUUCCCACAACAACUACAGAAGUCACAACCUCUACUGCCAUUCCCACAACAACUACAGAAGUCACAACCUCUACUUCUAUUCCCACAACAACUACAGAAGUCACAACUUCUACAGCUAUUCCCACAACAACUACGGAAGUUACCACCUCUACAGCUAUUCCCACAACAACUACAGAAGUCACAACCUCUACAGCUAUUCCCACAACAACUACAGAAGUCACAACAUCUACUGCUAUUCCCACAACAACUACAGAAGUUACCACCUCUACAGCUAUUCCCACAACAACUACGGAAGUUACCACCUCUACAGCUAUUCCCACAACAACUACAGAAGUCACAACCUCUACUGCCAUUCCCACAACAACUACAGAAGUCACAACCUCUACAGCUAUUCCCACAACAACUACAGAAGUCACAACCUCUACUGCUAUGCCCACAACAACUACAGAAGUCACAACCUCUACUGCUAUUCCCACAACAACUACAGAAGUCACAACCUCUACUGCUAUUCCCACAACAACUACGGAAGUUACCACCUCUACAGCUAUUCCCACAACAACUACAGAAGUCACAACCUUUACAGCUAUUCCCACAACAACUACGGAAGUUACCACCUCUACAGCUAUUCCCACAACAACUACAGAAGUCACAACCUCUACAGCUAUUCCCACAACAACUACAGAAGUCACAACCUCUACUGCUAUGCCCACAACAACUACAGAAGUCACAACCUCUACUGCUAUUCCCACAACAACUACGGAAGUUACCACCUCUACAGCUAGUCCCACAACAACUACAGAAGUCACAACCUCUACAGCUAUUCCCACAACAACUAAAGAAGUCACAACCUCUACUGCUAUUCCCACAACAACUACAGAAGUCACAACCUCUACUGCCAUUCCCACAACAACUACAGAAGUCACAACCUCUACUGCUAUUCCCACAACAACUACAGAAGUCACAACUUCUACUGCUAUUCCCACAACAACUACAGAAGUCACAACCUCUACUGCCAUUCCCACAACAACUACAGAAGUCACAACCUCUACUGCUAUUCCCACAACAACUACAGAAGUCACAACUUCUACAGCUAUUCCCACAACAACUACGGAAGUUACCACCUCUACAGCUAUUCCCACAACAACUACAGAAGUCACAACCUCUACUGCCAUUCCCACAACAACUACAGAAGUCACAACCUCUACUGCUAUUCCCACAACAACUACAGAAGUUACCACCUCUACAGCUAUUCCCACAACAACUACGGAAGUUACCACCUCUACAGCUAUUCCCACAACAACUACAGAAGUCACAACCUCUACUGCUAUUCCCACAACAACUACAGAAGUCACAACCUCUACUGCUAUUCCCACAAAACCUACAGAAGUCACAACCUCUACUGCCAUUCCCACAACAACUACAGAAGUCACAACCUCUACUGCCAUUCCCACAACAACUACAGAAGUCACAACCUCUACUGCUAUUCCCACAACAACUACAGAAGUUACCACCUCUACAGCUAUUCCCACAACAACUACGGAAGUUACCACCUCUACAGCUAUUCCCACAACAACUACACAAGUCACAACCUCUACAGCUAUUCCCACAACAACUACGGAAGUUACCACCUCUACAGCUAUUCCCACAACAACUACAGAAGUCACAACCUCUACUGCCAUUCCCACAACAACUACAGAAGUCACAACCUCUACUGCUAUUCCCACAACAACUACAGAAGUUACCACCUCUACAGCUAUUCCCACAACAACUACGGAAGUUACCACCUCUACAGCUAUUCCCACAACAACUACAGAAGUCACAACCUCUACUGCUAUUCCCACAACAACUACAGAAGUCACAACCUCUACUGCUAUUCCCACAAAACCUACAGAAGUCACAACCUCUACUGCCAUUCCCACAACAACUACAGAAGUCACAACCUCUACUGCCAUUCCCACAACAACUACAGAAGUCACAACCUCUACUGCUAUUCCCACAACAACUACAGAAGUUACCACCUCUACAGCUAUUCCCACAACAACUACGGAAGUUACCACCUCUACAGCUAUUCCCACAACAACUACACAAGUCACAACCUCUACAGCUAUUCCCACAACAACUACAGAAGUCACAACUUCUACUGCUAUUCCCACAUUAACUACAGAAGUCACAACCUCUACAGCUGUUCAAACUACUAAAGAAGUAACAACAUCCACAGCUAGUCCCACAACAAGUACAUCUGCGUCCACAACAACAGAAGGAGUAACAACAUCCACAAGUGGCACUCCUCAGAACAAUGGACACCAUGAACAUCAUCACCACCAUCACCAUCACAAUCGACCUAGCUUUCCGUUUCCACUACCGCCUCCUCCGCCCCCACUACCGUUUCCAUUUCCUAUAAACUUGCCGAAUUCUGAUGCCGCUGUUGUUGCAAUCCUACCUUUGCCCCCGCUGGUAGUCCCACCUCCACUUCCACCUCCGCCUCCACUUCCACCUCUACCUCCACUUCCACCUCUACCUUCACUUCCAUCUCUACCUGCACUUCCACCUCUUUUUGGAAACCUAUUCGGAAAAAAGUCUUUACCAUCCAUUACAGUUUAA